AUGGAAGCGCGGGGUGUUCCGGUGGUGCUGCUGUCCGCCGUUGCUCUUGCGGGCUUGCUGGCGCUGCUGCUCUUCACCGACUACCCGGCAUCAUCAGUAGCGCUGCUGCAAGAGUGGGUGUCAGUAGCACCACAGCCCACUCCCCCUCUCCCCCCACCGCAACCCCCUGCCGUUGACGCGCACGCCCUGCCGCUGUCCUGCCACGCGUGCCCGGCGUGCCCUCUCUACACAGGCGGCUGGACCCCCUGUGCGCAUGUGGAUGGGUUCACUCAGCAGGGCGGGCAGGGGAUGGACGCCAGCAGCAGCAGCAGCAGCAGCAGCAGCAGCAGCAGCAGCAGCAGCAGCAGCAGCAGCAGCAGCGAGGGGUGUGACGAGGCAGCGCGCUACUCUCGCGCCUCCUGCCCGCUGCUGCACCCCACCAUGGACUGCCGCGUGCCCGGCCGCCCUGCCAGCAUGGCACGCUACGACCACUACUGCUGGCGCCCCCAUGCCUGCCACCUGCCGCUCUUUGACCCCGCUGACUUCCUGCACCGGUUCCGCAACCGAGCAGGCUGGCAGGGGUGGAACGGCAUAGCAUACCGAUUGUUGGAGUUCAACACCACCAUCCUGCACAAGUGGACCACCUCUCUUUGUCACAUGGCAGUCAACGACUGGUCGAACGCAUCGCAGGCGCAUGCAGUGCAUCUGGACAGGCCGGACGAGUUCCUGCAGGCGUACCUGCCUCAGAUAGACCUCCUCGUGCUCAACACUGGCCCGCACUGGUCGCGGUGGGAGGUAGCCGACUAUCACUGGCGCUUCCACGUGAGCAGCCAGCCUGUGAGCCCUGAGCAGCAGCGCAAGCUGGAGUCAAACCCUCUCCUUGGCGCCUACACAGCGCUGCGCACCACCGUUGCCUGGAUCUUGAAGCAUGGGAGAAGGGGAGGGGGGGGGGAGGACGGGGAUGCGGCUGGACAGCUUGGGAGAGAUGCGCACAGUGGGGAGAAAGGGACGUACCGUGGGGCUGGGAGUGAUGGAGUCAGUGCUGCUGGGAAGGGUGUUUUUGGAAACGAAUUCAAGGAGGCAGUUGAACGGGCGGGUGGCGUGGAGGGGGUGGGUGGAACGUGCAAGGGGGGUGGCGGGGGCAGGGCGCUCAUGGUGGUGGUGCUGGGGCAGCCGUCAGUGCACACCAACGGCUCCGACGCCGGCUGCCAUACCCUGCCCCCGUUUCUAACAGCACGGGAGGUUGAGCAGCUUUCAUUUUUGUCCCGGGACUGCAUCCUCCAUGCGGCCACGCGCCUCUCUGCCUGUGCACCUGCUUGA